AUGGUAUUCUCUCAGGAGCUCAAGUGGAACUGUAGACAUCCUGACCAUGAGGCAAAACCUUCGUAUGAAAACCUUGCAGCUUACUCGAAAGCAGGUUUCUGUUUUCUAGCAAACCACAAGCCUUGUGUUGACCACGUCUCGGAGAAAGUCCCCUGCUGUGUUUCAAAGGUUCUCUUCAAAUACCCAACACCCUGCUCGCCGCGGCCUGAGACCUGUUCCACCCCGCCAGCCCGUCAGCCGGCCCCCUUCACGCCCACGCGUCCAAUUCGACCUCCUCAUCCUGGCCAGCAUUCCCCUUCGUGGUUCAGCACAACCCUGCCACCAUCUUGUCAUUGCUCGGAGUUUGUGCCUCACUGUGAAGCUCUUUGGGAUGGCAUCGGCGCCAAUAUAAACACCAAAGGGUCGCUCAGUUGGCUACGCGGUUUUAUUUUUAACUCGUCCUCAGAAUGUGGGCAAUGCUUGCAAGGCCCCCGUUAUUACCACGCCAGUGGUCCUGAGAAACCACAGAAAGUCCUGUGCUCCUGGCCCUCCUGUUCCUCCAUCAUCUCCCCCUCCACCACCUCCCCCUCCUCUUCCAACACCACCUCCCCAUCCACCACAACCCCCUCCUCUUCCUCCACAACAUCCUCCUCCACCAUGUCGUCCUCCUGUUCCUCCAACAUCUCCCCCUCCUCUUCCUCCACAAUCUCCCCCUCCUCUUCCUCCACCAUCUCCCCCUCCUGUUCCUCCACCAUCUCCCCCUCCUGUUCCUCCACCAUCUCCCCCUCCUCUUCCUCCACGAUCUCCCCCUCCUCUUCCUCCACCUCCCCCUCCUCUUCCUCCACCAUCUCCCCCUCCUCUUCCUCCACCAUCUCCCCCUCCUCUUCCUCCUCCAUCACAUCCUCCUCCACCAUCUCCCCCUCCUCUUCUUCCUCCACCAUCUCCCCCUCCUCUUCUUCCUCCACCAUCUCCCCCUCCUCUUCUUCCUCCACCAUCUCCCCCUCCUCUUCCUCCACCAUCUCCCCUUCCUCUUCCUCCACCACCUUCCCCUCCUCCACCAUCUCCCCCUCCUCUUCCUCCACCAUCUCCCCCUCCAGCUCCCCUUCCUCCACCUCCCCAUCCACCACCUCCCCCUCCUCUUCCUCCACCACGUCCUGCUCCACCAGCACCCCCUCUUCCUCCACAACAUCCUCCUCCACCAUAUCCCCCUCCUGUUCCUCCACCAUCUCCCCCUCCUCUUCCUCCACCACCUUCCCCUCCUCCUCCUCCCCCUCCUCUUCAUCCACCAUCUCCCCCUGCGCCACCUCCCCCGCCUCUUCCUCCACCACAUCCUCCUCCACCAUUUCCCCCUCCACCACAUGCCCCUCCUCUUCCUCCACCAGCUGCGCCUCCACAACCUCUCCCUCCUCCUCCUCCACCACAUCCUCCUCCACCAUCUCCCCCUCCUCUUUCUCCACCAUCUCCCACUCCUCUUCCUCCCCCUCCUCUUCCAACACCACCUCCCCAUCCACCACAUCCCCCUCCUCUUCCUCCACAACAUCCUCCUCCACCAUGUCGCCCUCCUGUUCCUCCAACAUCUCCCCCUCCUCUUCCUCCACAAUCUCCCCCUCCUCUUCCUCCACCAUCUCCCCCUCCUGUUCCUCCACCAUCUCCCCCUCCUCUUCCUCCACGAUCUCCCCCUCCUCUUCCUCCAGCUCCACCUCCCCCUCCUCCAGCAUCUCCCCCUCCUCCUCCUCCACCAUCGCCCCCUCCUCUUCCUCCACCAUCUCCCCCUCCUAUUCCUCCACCAUCUCCCCCUCCACCACCUCCCCCUCCUCUUCCACCACCACCUCCCAAUCCACCCCCCCCUCCUCCUCCACCACAUCCUCAUCCACCAUCUCCCCCUCCUCUUCCUCCACUACAUCCUCCUCCACCAUCUGCCCCUCCUCUUCCCCCACCAUCUCCACCUCCUCUUCCACCACCAUCUACCCCUCCACCUCCCCCUCCUCCACCAUCUCCCCCUCCUCUUCCUCCACCAUCUCCCCCUCCUCUUCCUCCACCAUCUCCCCCUCAUCUUCCUCCACCAUCUCCCCCUCCACCUCCCCCUCCUCCACCAUCUCCCCCUCCUCUUCCUCCACCAUCUCCCCCUCCUCUUCCUUCACCAUCUCCUCCUCCUGUUCCUCCACCAGCUCCCCCUCCUCCACCAUCUCCCCCUCCUCUUCCUCCACCAGCUCCCCCUCCUUCACCAUCUCCCCCUCCUCUUCCUCCACCUCCCCCUCCACCACAUCCUCCUCCACCAUCUCCCCCUCCUCUUCCUCCACCAUCUCCCCCUCCUCUUCCUCCUCCAUCACAUCCUCCUCCACCAUCUCCCCCUCCUCUUCUUCCUCCACCAUCUCCCCCUCCUCUUCUUCCUCCACCAUCUCCCCCUCCUCUUCCUCCACCAUCUCCCCUUCCUCUUCCUCCACCAUCUCCCCCUCCAGCUCCCCUUCCUCUACCAUCUCCCCCUCCUCUUCCUCCACCAUCUCCCCCUCCACCUCCCCCUCCUCCACCAUCUCCCCCUCCUCUUCCUCCACCUCCCCCUCCUCUUCCUCCAACAUCUCCCCCUCCUCUUCCUCCACCAUCUCCCCCUCCACCACAUCCUCCUCCACCAUCUCCCCCUCCUCUUCCUCCACCAUCUCCCCCUCCUGUUCCUCCACCAUCUCCCCCUCCACCACAUCCUCCUCCACCAUCUUCCCCUCCACUUCCUCCACCAUCUCCCCCUCCUCUUCCUCCACCAUCUCCCCCUCCUCUUCCUCCACCAUCUCCCCCUCCUCUUCCUCCACCAUCUCCCCCUCCACCACAUCCUCCUCCACCAUCUCCCCCUCCUCUUCCUCCACUAUCUCCCCCUCCUCUUCCUCCACCAUCUCCCCCUCCUCUUCCUCCACCAUCUCCCCCUCCUCUUCCUCCUCCCCCUCCUCUUCCUCCACCAUCUCCCCCUCCUCUUCCUCCACCAUCUCCCCCUCAUCUUCCUCCACCAUCUCACCCUCCUGUUCCUCCACCAUCUCCCCCUCCACCACAUCCUCCUCCACCAUCUCCCCCUCCACCACAUCCUCCUCCACCAUCUCCCCCUCCUCUUCCUCCACCAUCUCCCCCUCCUCUUCCUCCUCCAUCACAUCCUCCUCCACCAUCUCCCCCUCCUCUUCUUCCUCCACCAUCUCCCCCUCCUCUUCUUCCUCCACCAUCUCCCCCUCCUCUUCCUCCACCAUCUCCCCUUCCUCUUCCUCCACCACCUGCCCCUCCUCCACCAUCUCCCCCUCCUCUUCCUCCAUCAUCUCCCCCUCCAGCUCCCCUUCCUCUACCAUCUCCCCCUCCUCUUCCUCCACCAUCUCCCCCUCCUCUUCCUCCACCAUC